AUGGCUUCAAACGAACGGGUAGGCCUUCGGGCCAUUCGCCCAUCUCAAUAUAUCUUCGGCAUCCAAGCCAUCCCCCUGCUAGCCAGUGGUGUCUACACGUUACUCUGGCCGGGUGCAAUCGCCAACUUGCCCGGUCCACCCUUGGAGGGGAUUGACAGUGGAGUGAUCCAGGCAAUGAGCCUUGGGGACAUGCCAAGCAAUCGCCGCGUAUCAAAACAAUAUUCCUAUGAUGAUCGCCGCGGUGCCGGGACGACUGUUGGCCGCUUUUGUGUUCUACCGCAGUGGCGGAGGGUGGCGUAA